AUGAGGAAAACGACAGCUGGUAAAGUUGAAGUGUCUCUCAGAAUAAAAAAUCCCUAUGAGAUGGGUGAUGGCGGUGGAGUUGUUCUUAGAAUUUUACAGAAAUCGAAACGUCUCACUCAGGACGGAACAGAAUACAUUGAUAUACGAAGUAACCUCAUACCAGUAUCCUCGUUGCAUGUCACAAACACAACAGGACGACCCAUAUCGAAUCAAACUCUAGACAGCGAACGAUCGAGGAGAGGCUUGAAUAUAGGAGGGGACCCCGUGGUCACCGAGGGUACUACAAUGGUGACCACCACCUUGAAGCCCCGCCCCACAACUGUGGGAAUUGAAUGGGCCACUAAUUGGUGGGAUGUGUUCCUGUCCCGAUAUAACUGGGGAGGAAAUGAUAUCUUUGGACCUAACACAGGAUCUACUCUAUCCAGAGUUCCAGAAGUGGACAGCUGUCUCUACGAUGACCCCUGUCAGAAUGGUGGAACUUGUGCCAGCGAUGACGUGCCCACCUACUGUAUUUGUACCGCAGGAUGGACAGGGCAAUAUUGCGAGAAAGACGAAGACGAAUGUCUGAAAAAUCCUUGCAACGGACGAGACUGCACAAACACCUUAGGAUCAUUUAGAUGUGGUUGUCCAGACGGAUUCACGGGGAACCAAUGCACUAAAGAUAUAGAUGAGUGCAAGACCAAUCCAUGCCAAAACAAUGGAGUGUGUAUCAACACACGUGGUUCUUUUUCUUGCAAAUGCCAACAAGGAUGGACCUCCAAAACCUGCCAGCAAGACGUAAACGAGUGUGAUUCCAAUCCAUGUAAAGAGGGCACAGCGUGUGUGAACAAGUUAGGCACUUACACGUGUGAAUGUGACAACGGAUGGGAAGGAAAAAAUUGUACUAAUGAUGUUGAUGAAUGCCUUUCAUCCCCAUGUGGAGGAAGGGGUAUCUGUGAGAACACGGUGGGGUCAUUCAAAUGUACUUGCGACCAUGGAUGGUUGGGAAACACUUGUCAAGAAGAUGUAAAUGAAUGUGUUUCAUCCCCGUGUAUGCACGGCGGUUUGUGCAAGAACUCUAAUGGAUCCUACACGUGCCUGUGUGGAGAAGGAUGGGGAGGCAAAGACUGUAAUCAAGAUGUUGAUGAAUGCCUUUCAUCCCCAUGUGGAAGCAGGGGUAUCUGUGAGAAUAUGGUGGGGUCAUUCAAAUGUAAUUGCGAACAAGGAUGGCUGGGAGACAACUGUCAAGAAGAUGUAGAUGAAUGUGUUUCAUCCCCGUGUAUGCACGGCGGUUUGUGCAAGAACUCUAACGGAUCCUACACUUGCCUUUGUAGCGAAGGAUGGGGAGACAGAGACUGCAAUCGAGAUAUUGAUGAAUGUCUUUCAUUCCCAUGUGGAAGCAGAGGUACCUGUGAGAACACGGUGGGGUCAUUCAAAUGUAAUUGCGAACAAGGAUGGUUGGGAGACAACUGUCAAGAAGAUGAAGAUGAAUGUGUUUCAUCCCCGUGUAUGCACGGCGGUUUGUGCAAGAACUCUAACGGAUCCUACACUUGCCUUUGUAGCGAAGGAUGGGGAGGCAGAGACUGCAAUGAAGAUAUAGACGAAUGUCAAAUCAAACAACCAUGCGCCAAUGAUGGAAUUUGUAAAAAUACAAUCGGAUCUUUUGAAUGUGCAUGUUCCACAGGAUGGUCCGGACAAAACUGCACAGAAGAUGUAGACGAAUGUUCCCAUUUACCAUGUGGGGAGGAUGUACCUUGCUUCAAUGUGGAGGGGUCUUAUUCCUGUCAAUGUCCACCGGAAUGGACAGGCAAGAACUGUACAGAAGAUGUAGAUGAAUGCUUACGUGAUCCAGAACUAUGUAACAAUGGAGGUAUAUGUAAUAACACAGAGGGUUCGUACAGGUGUGAAUGUACCAAUAAUUGGACAGGAAGGUCAUGUGAAGAAGACGUCGACGAGUGUCUUACUUCGCCAUGUCCAGAUGGAAGUAGUUGUGUAAACCUUAUUGGAUCAUUUCAAUGUAAUUGUAUGGAUGGAUGGACGGGACAAUACUGCGAGACAGAUGUAGAUGAAUGUUUGUUGGCUGACUGUGGAAAUGGAGGUAUUUGCAAUAACUACAAUGGUUCUUACGAUUGUGAUUGUCCCGAUGGAUUUACGGGGACACCUUGUAGAGAUGUUGAUGAAUGCAAGCACAAUCAAUGUGUCAACGAGGGUACUUGUGAGAAUACCCUUGGCUCAUUUGUAUGUAGAUGUACAUCGGGUUGGAAUGGCGAACUAUGCGAUACAGACGUGGACGAAUGUGUCCAAAGUCCCUGUUUUAACGGAGGUGUUUGUCAGAAUAAUGUCGGUGCUUACCAUUGUGAUUGUCCUACACCUUGGGUCGGACAAAAUUGUACAGCACGAAUGUUUGUAAUGGGUGCUGAAGCAGACUAUGGCUCUGGUGUUACCAUCAGCUGUGGUGUUCAACGUCUGCAGGACUGGAAAUCAAUUGACGUCAAACAUGGAAACAAGACCUUGUACCAAAUUAGGCCAGAUGGACUUUUCACUGAUUUUACCGGCGGAAAGGUGAAAAUUAACAGUACUAUAGGAGGCAGUGGGGCUGAUUUAUCACUGACCUUCCAGACUGUUCGAUGUGAGGAUGAUGGAAAAUAUCACUGUACUGUUGAUGGAAAUUCUAAAAACACCAUGAAUCUCAUAGUAAAAAAACCAUCCUCUGGAGAACCUACCAGAAUUUAUCAGAUGGAGGGAAUUGUUAAUGAUCGCAGAACUGUUAACGUACAUUGCCAAGGACACCCCUCUUAUCCACACGGAAGUCUGAAGUUCCAAGUGAAAUUGAAAAAUGAAUCCGUUUACAAAGAUUAUAAUUUUCCGAUUGAAGUUCGGAACGAGCUUUCUAUAGACUGUUGGCGUACACAGACAAUGUAUGUAAACUAUAUUUUUGGUCAGGAAUGGGACCAAGCAAGUAUUCGAUGCGUGGAUGGAGAUUCUGGAAAUUUCGAUGAAACCGUUUUAGAUGUCAUCCCAGACAACUAUUGUGCUAGAGCACCCUUCUCUACGGAGUCAUUUCUGGAGCAUCCACACGAUCCAAAGAAAUACGUACAUUGUUUCAAUCAACAACCGAGGGCAGUCAUGGUGUGUGAGACAGACACCUGUUUCCACGAGAAUGAGCAACAAUGUGGAUCGUGUAUCAAGGAAUGUCCUGUGAACACGUGUGACAAUGACGCAUCCUGUUGGAUUAUAAAUGGCGAUCUAACUUGUGAUUGCAAACCUGGAUGGAGUGGUUCCUUGUGCGAGAUAGACGUGGACGAGUGUUUGUCUUCUCCAUGUCGUAAUGGAGGAUUAUGUCAGAAUUUUCCGGGUACCUAUAACUGUGUGUGCGCCGCAGGGUGGCAGGGAACCGUCUGUGGCGAAGAUGUUAACGAGUGUUUGAUGAAUCCCUGUGCGAAUGGCGGACGAUGCAGUAACACGAUAGCGUCCUACACGUGUACCUGUCCUAAUGGCUGGACAGGAAAACAAUGCGAUAUUGAUAUUGACGAAUGUUUGACCAAUCCAUGUCUCAACGGAGGCACAUGCUUGAACACACGGGGAGCGUUUGUGUGUCUUUGCUCUUCUGGCUGGAAUGGAACACUCUGUGAAAAGGAUGUCGACGAGUGUUUGAUGAAUCCUUGCAUAAAUGGUGGACGCUGCAUCAAUCUGAUAGGUUCCUUUUCUUGUAAUUGUCCUCAACCUUGGUUUGGAAAGAUAUGUGAAAGUGGUCUGUUUGUUGACGGACAUCGGGGAGAAAUGAACUCGGUAAAUGUCACUGCAGUCACAUGCACAAUUUAUAAGUAUAAAGACUGGAAACGGCUUGAUAUCAUUCGGAGUGAUAAAAAUAAUAGACCUGUUGUCAGAGUUAACCCCAACGGUGGCAUCAACUCCAUCUUAAACAAGAGAAACAUCCAGGUUAUCUACACACCUGAUACCGGGCGGGAUCAAGCAGAAGUUUCGCUACAGUUCACGCGCUUGCGUUGUAGAGACGAGGGAGUGUACAGAUGUUUGUUAGACAAUAAUCAAAAGCAGGAUGCAAGAAUAGUUGUUACAAAUCCAGCCCGUGGAACACCAACUAUUUCAAAGAUAGAAGAAUUGUACGGUGAAGCAAACAUCGCUUUCAACUGCACAGGGUUACCCGGAUACCCCGAUGGUGAUCUAGAAUUUCAGAUCAAACUUCAAAACGAAACAAAAUUCCGAGACUUUACGUUCUACAGCGCCACCAGACAAAACAUAGAUAUGGGAUGUGUCCGAAAACAAAUUGUGAACUCCACUUACUUUAUGAAUAUGGAGUGGAAUCAAGCGGCGAUAAGAUGUAAAUCAAAAAGUUCCGAUUUGUUCGAUGAAACAAACGUCUAUCUAUUAUCACCCGAGAUCUGUGCCAGCGUACCCAUUAACAGCGGCAUUCGUCACCCCUACAACCCAGGAAAAUACAUCACGUGUACAAUAGAGGCUCCGAAAGUCCGGAACUGUCCGGGAACUACAUGCUUUGAUGACAGAACCCAGCAGUGCCUUUUUACUUGUGACUAUGACGAUUAGAGUCAUUUUCAGAUUUUGAUUAAAAUCUGAAACUAUCAUUCAUUACAAAAAUUCAUUUAAAGUGUCUGGUGUAUUUAUUAGAAAGCAUUAUCAUCAUUUUUAGUAGAGCAAUUCUAAAUAGUUGUAUUGAUAAAUGAUAUAUCCUAUAUUGAAAGCUGUUCACAUUCAAACUGCGUGAGUGGUUGCUUGAAUACCUUUAGAUUUGCAUAGCGCAAUAUUACCAAUCUAGAAUGUUCAUACGUAUUGAGUAUUUUCUACUAGUGCAAGGAUAGGUAAAUAUGAUUGAUAUUACUCUAUCCUCAAUGACUAAUUUAGAAUGACUAAUACGUCACAUGUACUCCCGCUCGAAUAUGAAUGAAGAGGAUAUUUGAGAAAUAAAAUUUGCGUUUUC